AUGCGUUAUUUUACAUAUUUUAUUUUAAUUUAUUAUUUCGUCGAAAUAAUUGAAACAACAAGAGAAUUCCUCAAAACCGAGGAAUAUAAACAAUUUUCUGAGAAAGCGAAAGGGGAAAUAUUAGAAAUGUAUAAAAAAUACUUUGAAAAUGAUUAUGAGGGAAUGGAUGAUGAAGUUUUGCGAGAACUAUCACUCACAUCAUUUAAUGCGUAUUUUGAAUUUCUUUUUGAAAAUGUUGCUGGACAAUUCGCGGAAAUUGACGAUAAUGAAGAAGCAAUUUUUAUGAAAUUAAUGAUUAAAAAUAGUGAGGAUAAAGAAAAUGAGUCAAAGGAAAUAGAAAAUGAAAAUUUUGGAUGGAAUGAUGAAUUUGGCAGUAGUUUUAAAAAAUUGCAUGAAAAUUCCUUGAAAUUGUUGGAAGAGCUUUUUAAAAAUGAAAAUUGGUCAUUGGAAAUGAAAUUUUGUAAAGUUUAUAGUUUAGUAGAAUUUUUGGCAAAAAAUGAAGAACUUUCAAAAAAUACUCAUUGGAAUGAUUAUACAAUCAAGUUUAAAUAUGUAAGUAUGAUAUAA